AUGCCCUUUUCACUCUUUUCUACCCGACGGAUCGCCCUUUUCACAGUUAUCGUCACUAUCACCCUCUCCAGCGCCUGGAUAAGCCGUACAUUCAAAGUCGACGUCGAUGGCCUCACAGCGCGGAUCGUAUUCAAAGACAACAAGGCUAAAUUCGACGCCCGAACAGUGCUCAAAGGGCCCCCUUCUACAUCCUACAAAGACAACCUCUUGCCGACUGAGAAGUACAUCACAUCUUGGGGAUCCUCUGCUGGUUGGAGCAACGAUGUGAUUAGCUUUAUACAUCUCAUAUAUCUAGGCCAACAAACGAACCGCAUUCCCAUCCUACCGGCCCACACAUCGACCCAUUUACCUUGGAGUGUCCAAGGACAGCUAACGUUUGGAGAAGUUUUCGACAUCCCCAGACUUGCAGCAGCAUUGGGGCAUCCAGUGUUAGAAUGGGACGACGUCAAAGAACCCAACAGCAGCGAGGUCGACAAAAUUGGCUGCUGGAAUAUAUGGGGUCCCAUGGAAAAGCAAGGAGGGGCUCCGCGAGAUAGCCACAGAACCUUCCAACUCAAGCUCGACAUUUCAUACACACCUGUUCCCGACUACGUUCUUAGCACCGCGCAUCACUCUACCUUCGCCUCGUUUCCCGCGUUGAUGACCUUGGCUUGGCCUGAGACAAGGCAACGGGCGUUUGAAAGCGUGAAGACUGCGCCGUCGUCGUAUAGCAAGCAUGUUACUCCGCCAGAUGAACAUCUCUUAUGCUUCGACUUCCUCUACUACGUGGGUUCUUUCAUGGGUUUCGAGAUUGGUGUUCAACACAGUCCGGCCUGGAAUACGGUCGGCACCCAUAUGCAUUGGAACCGAGCGCUCGACAAGAUCGUUGACCAGUGGCUGCUCGUGAUAUUCGGCUUGCCGGACGGUGCAACGCUCCCACCUUUCAUCUCCAUUCACGCGCGACACACCGACUUCAAUGACCACUGCGACCCCAAGAAGCCGAAAGCGUGCUUCCCUUCCAUCGACGUGUUCAAGAAUGAAGUACGCGAGAUGAAGGCCAAGGUGCUCGAGCAGAAGGGCAUUCAGGUCGAACAUGUUGUCAUGACCAGUGACGAGACAGACCCUGCGUGGUGGACCGAGGUGACCGACGCGGGGUGGUACAUUCCGGACCACGACCAUCUAGAAACAGCGGACUUGCUGGGCGACUGGUACCCCGUACUCAUCGACGCCGUCAUCCAGUCUCGUGGUAUCGGGUUUAUUGGGACUGAGCUGAGCACGAUGUCGAUAUUGGCACAGCGGAGAGUGGAAGACUGGCAGGGCGGGGUGACGACUUUGCUCAAAUUGAGACAUUGA